GUUACUCAUUUUCAAUAUCAUUUUAGGUGGCCAUAAAGAAAAUCAAUCUUCAAGGACUGAGGAGGAAGCAAUUAACUGUUAAUGAAAUCAUGAUCAUGAAGAGUUAUAGGAGUCCCAGUGUUGUGAAUUAUUUAGACAGCUACCUUGUGCAUGAGGAACUCUGGCUGGUGAUGGAGUACAUGGACGGAGGCACUCUGACUGAUGUCAUCAGCAAGACGUACAUGUCUGAAGGAGAGAUUGCAGCUGUCAGUCGUGAGUGCCUGCAAGGACUGGAUUUUCUUCACUCCAACCAUGUGAUCCAUCGAGAUGUGAAGAGCUGCAACAUCCUUCUCAGAACGGACGGCUCUGUCAAGCUGGCUGAUUUUGGCCUUUCUGCUCAGCUCACCCCUGAGCAAAGUCAUCGUCGCUCGGUGGCUGGGACUCCUUGGUGGAUGGCACCUGAAGUGGUGCUGUGUCUACCAUAUGGCCCCAAAGUGGACAUAUGGUCUUUUGGAAUUGUGGGAAUUGAAAUGGUGGAACGACAAGUCCCUCAUGACAGUAGAAGUUCUCUCUCGGUUCAACUCCUGAUAGCCAAAGGAGGGACCCCACAGCUGCGGCAGCCCAAACUCCUCUCAGCUUUGCUGCGUGACUUCCUGAGCUGCUGCCUGCAGACAGACGAGGCACAGCGCUGGUCUGCUGAGGAGCUCCUGCAGCAUCAAUUUGUAACAUCGGCCAAGCCUGGCUCCAGCCUGGUGCCACUCAUCCUUUCAGUGAAGCAGUGGAAGGAGAGAAGGAUAAUGUUCUAAUCCAUUUAGAACAGUUUUCGCCAUGGCCAUCUUAGAAUAGAAUUGUAGAGUAGGAAUUUAGAGAAGGAUUGUAGAGUAGGAGUGUAGAGUAGGAUUGUAGAGUAGGAAUGUAGACAAGGAUUGUAGAGCAGGAUUAUAGAGUAGGAUUUUAAAUCAAUAAAGAUUAUGACACCUCAA